AUGGCGUCCUUCCUUCGCCCUACAACACUCAUGGCGAACCUGUCGAGGAUGACACUCGGCCCCGCUGCGACAUCGUCCUCGUCCUCGUCGACUUCACGAGCAAUGAUGCUCUUGUCCAGCUCAUCGCUGUCCCUCGCCUCAUCAUCGUCUCUGUCUUCCUCCCCCUCCUCGUCCUCCCACGCCCACCCACUCCCCCUCUUCCAACCACGCAUGCAAGCACGUCACAAGGCGCUCAUGCCCCGACGGACAAAGUACCGCAAGGCGCACAAGGGACGACUGCCCAUCGCCCUCGGUGGCUCGACCAAAGCGACCACCCUCGAAUGGGGCGACUUUGGUCUGCGCGUCAACGAACCUUGUCGACUGAGUGCCAAGCACCUCGAGACCGCCGAGGCCGCGUUGAAGAGGGGACUCAAGACCGUCAGGGGAAGCAAGGUGUCAGUCUGCGCGCCGAUGAUGCCAGACCGGGGGACUUAACUGCGUACAGAGAAACUGACAUGGCUGUUUUCGUCUCUUUAGAUACUUGAGAGUUUUCCCGGAUAUCCCCGUUUGCAUCAAGGUCAGCCUCCAAGCGUAUUGCGAACAUAGUCAAGAGUUCGACGAGUAGAGCUGCAGGCGGGCUGACACAGUGUAUGCAACUCUCCAUUCAACAGGGUAAUGAGACACGUAUGGGGAAGGGUAAAGGAACGUUCGAAUUCUGGGCAUGUCGGUCAGUUGAGCAUUUCCUUCCUUUGACCUUUGAAUGACCCGCUUUUCAACUCGGUGCUCAUAUUAUCUAUUCCUCGGUCCGGUACGACUAGAGCUGGCGUCGGGCGUGUCAUCUUUGAAGUCGGUGGACCCAAUCUCAGGCCCGAGAUUGCACAUGCUGGUACGUUGAAAAGGAUAGGGAUCGGUCAAUCUGCUUCCGCGAAAUUGACCACCGAUCUCUCGUCGCCUAACGCAGUCAUGAAGCUCGCCGCAGCCAAACUCCCCGUCACGACCGAGAUCAUCGACAAGACUUCCCCGCCACGCGUCGGGUACACGACCAUCGGCACCAUCGUAAAGACUCCCAAGAUCAUCAAGAAGGGCGAACUGGACGCGUUGGCCAGUCUCGGAGUUGGCGCGACGAUGACCUCGGCCGAAUUAAAGGGGGAUGUCGCAGCUGCAGUGGAGGAUACGGUCGUGGCUUGA